AUGAAACAUUUGCUCCAAUAUUUCUUGCUCCUAUUCUUAAUCACCACUGUCUGUUUUGCCAUCAUCCCUGCGGUUCACAGCCGAUGUUUUAAAGACCAGCAACUAUCAUUGCUCCAUUUGAAGAAAAGCCUUCAAUUUUAUCCUGACCCUUUAUCUUACCCAACCAAGGUUACAUCUUGGAAUUCAAGUACCGAUUGUUGUUCUUGGGUUGGUGUUACUUGCAGUAGCGAUGGGCAUGUCGUUGGUCUUGACCUCAGCAACGAAACUAUCAGCGGUGGCAUUGGCAACUCGAGCAGUCUCUUCGAUCUUCAACAUCUUCAAAGCCUCAAUUUGGCUGAUAACUAUUUUGACCAUGAGAUUCCAUCAGCAAUCGGAAAACUUGUGAACUUGAGGUAUCUAAAUUUAUCAUAUAAUACUUACUUUGGGGAAAUUCCCAUUGAGAUUUCACGCUUGACAAGGUUGGUUGUCCUUGAUAUGUCUGGGUCAGAAGACUCCAACAUUACGUCCCCGAAGUUAAGUAUGCUCUUUCAUAACCUCACAGAGCUUGCAGAGCUAUAUUUUGACCAUGUACAUUUGUCAGCAGAGGGGACUCACUGGUCCCAAGCGAUAUCGAAUCUGACAAACUUGAGGGUGCUGAGCUUGUCUGACACUGGUAUUUCCGGUCCCAUUGAUCAGUUCUCCUUCGCUCAGCUUCAGUCUUUCUCUGUGAUUCGAUUGGGUUUUAAUGAUAUCUCUGCUACGGUUCCAGGAUUCUUUGCCAAUUUUUCAGAGUUGACUUCCUUGAGUCUCAGAUCUUGUGGGUUGAAGGGAACAUUUCCCAAUGAGAUCCUUGAGGUACCUACUCUACAAACUCUUUACCUUUCGACCAAUGAUGAACUUCAUGGCACAUUGCCAGAAUUUCCAAGCAAUGCAUCUCUUCGGUCCUUAGUUCUAAGCGACACAAAAUUUUCAGGGUUACUGCCUGACUCUAUUGGCAACCUCAAAAAGCUGUCACUCCUAGAUCUUUCAUCUUGCAGUUUCUAUGGAUCAAUCCCAGAGUCAAUAGCAAACCUAACACAAUUGGUUGGUUUGCAAUUGGGAUCAAAUUGCUUCAAUGGUUCGAUUGAUUCUAUUCGCUGGGAAAACCUUAUUAAUCUGGUAGAUCUCCAAAUGGAUGGCAACCUACUUGAGGGGAGUAUUCCAUCGUCUCUCUUUUAUCUUCCCUUGUUGACAAGACUAGUACUUUCCGGCAAUCAAUUCUCUGGUAAACUUCAUGCAUUUGCUAACACCUCUUCCAACUUAUAUUCCCUUGAAUUGAGUUUCAACAAUUUGGAAGGACCAAUACCCACGUCUAUCUUUAAUUUCCAUCGGCUUCAAAUCCUUUUUCUUUCUUCAAACAAUUUCACUGGGUUUCUUUUUAGUGGUCCACAACAACUGAGAACUCUUACGGCCAUUGAUCUUUCACACAAUGGCUUGCUCAUGUUUUCUGAUGGCUCUUAUUCCACAUUUCCUGAAAUAGAGUUUUUGGAUUUGGCUUCUACCAAUUUGAGAACAUUUCCAGAUUUUUUGAGAAAUCAAUCCAAAUUAAUUUCUUUGGACCUUUCAGAAAACCAGAUUCAAGGCAAGAUACCCCAUUGGAUUUGGAGUUUAAAUCAUCUUGAUUACUUAAAUCUUUCUUGCAACUCUUUGGUAACUCUAGAAGCUCCUUUACAUAAUUCAACAGUGCUUACGCUUGAUCUUCACUCAAACCAACUCCAGGGACAAAUCCCUACUUUCAUACCAUUUGCUGUGUAUCUGGAUUACUCAAGCAACCAUUUCAACUCUAUACCAUCUGACAUUGGUUAUUUCCUCACUUUCACAUUGUCCUUCUCUCUUUCAAGCAAUAACUUGCAUGGGCUCAUCCCGGUGUCAAUAUGCAAUGUGGAAACUGAUAUUCAAAUUCUUGAUCUGUCCAAUAAUUUUCUGAGUGGCAUUAUCCCCCCAUGCUUGACUGCAAUGCGCAGUCUCAGAGUACUUAAUUUGGCAAGAAACAACCUCACUGGAACUAUUUCUAAUUUUCAAGUUACUGAAGAUAGUUCACUAGAAAUUCUUGAACUUGGUGGAAAUCAGUUAGGUGGUCAAUUCCCUAAAUCUCUAGGUAACUGCACACGGUUACAGGUUUUAAACUUGGGAAACAAUCGUAUAACAGAUAGCUUUCCAUGCUUGUUAAAAAACAUAUCCACCUUGCGUGUCCUUGUGUUGCAGUCCAACAACUUUUAUGGAGGUAUUGGAUGCCCCAACACCUAUGGUACCUGGCCAAUGCUUCAAAUCAUACAUCUAGCUCACAACAAUUUCACUGGUGAAAUACCGGCAAUGUUUUUGACAGCAUGGCAGGUAAUGAUGACUACCAACAAUGGUUCCCUAUCAAUAGUCAAAGUCCACUUGGACCAUGGUGCGCGAAUAACGUAUGUUGAUUAUUCUUUUGAGGAUGGAAUAACAGUUACUAGCAAAGGUUCACAGAUGGAUCUGCUAAAGAUUCUAUCUAUCUUCACCUUGAUUGACUUCUCAUGCAACAAUUUCAGUGGACCAAUACCUAAGGAAAUAGGAGAAUUCAAAUCACUACAUGUCCUUAACUUGUCCGGAAAUGCGUUCACAGGCGAAAUCCCACCAUCGUUUGGUAACAUGGGGGUACUUGAGUCCUUGGACCUGUCACAUAACAAGCUGAGCGGACAAAUUCCACCACAGUUGGUAAAGCUUACUUUCCUCGAAGUCUUGGAUCUCUCAAAUAAUCAAUUGGUCGGCAGAAUCCCAACCGGUACUCAAUUUUCAACAUUUCCAAAAGACUCAUUUACAGGUAACAAAGGAUUAUGGGGACCUCCUUUGACGGUGGAUGACAAAGCAGGAUUGCAACCACCAGCAACAGUGAAUGGAAGGCCUCCAAAUUUUGGACAUCAUCGUGAGGUGAAUUGGGAUCUUAUCAGUGUUGAAAUUGGAUUUACAUUUGGCUUUGGAGUUGCCGUUGGGUCACUUGUGUUGUGCAAGAGAUGGAGUAAGUGGUAUUACAGAGCUAUGUACAACAUCCUUCUCAAGAUAUUCCCUCAGCUAGAGGAAAGAAUUGGUAUUCAUCGAGGACAUGUUCACAUAAAUCAAAGGUGGUGGAGACGUUGA